AUGCCUUCUCUUAUCGCAGCGGCCAUGGUGGAAACGAAGAGCAAAGGCCAACCAAUGCAGGACAGAAAGGGAUUCUCGGUAGCCAGAAGGGCAGGCAAGGGAGCGUAUACAGGCAAAGCUUCCAAGAUCAAAGAGCAGCUGAUUCAGAAAGCCAAAGUGAAGAAGGAGUAUGCCAACAUGCUGAAAAAGGAGGGCCAACCAGCCCAACAGCUGCCUGAGAUACCCAAGAAGGCGAGAAGGAGCGAAAGGGAUAAGCCGGAAGGAUCGAUAAAGCGAAGCGAUAACCCUCAGCAAAAGCAACCACAGCCACAAACUCAGCCUCAAAAGAAAGAAGCACCGUCACAUCGCCAGAGAAGGAGAGACCAGCACUCGAAAAACCACAACAAUCAGCCAAAAAUGGGCGCAAGGAUGGAAACCAUGCUCGACAAAGUAAAGAAGACAGUAUCAUAA